AUGGUGUCUUUUGGACUUGAACUGACCGGUGUCACUCUAUCAGCGCUCGGCUGGGUGCUGAGUAUUAUCAGCUGCGCCUUGCCGAUGUGGAGGGUCUCCGCAUUCAUUGGCGCCAACAUUGUCACAGCUCAGGUGUACUGGGAAGGCCUGUGGAUGAGCUGCGUGUUCCAGAGCACGGGCCAGAUGCAGUGUAAGGUCUACGACUCCAUGCUGGCUUUACCUCAGGACCUGCAGGCCGCCAGGGCACUCACCAUCGUGUCCAUCAUUGUGGGGGUGGUGGCUCUCCUCAUCUCUAUGGUGGGAGCAAAGUGCACCAACUGCAUCGAUGAUGACGGGGUUAAAGCCAGGGUGAUGGCUUCCUCAGGCGGGGCAUUCAUCGCCGCAGCUCUGGCCCAGCUGGUGCCUGUUUCCUGGUCAGCACACACCAUCGUCAUUGAGUUUUACAGUCCACUCAUUCCCUCUGGUCAGAAGAUGGAGAUCGGGGCGGCCAUGUCGAUGGGCAUGGAGAUUGUGGGCAUUGCCCUGGGAGUCAUCGGAUUUAUCAUUGCGAUAGUGACAUGUGCCCUGCCAAUGUGGAGGGUGACGGCCUUUAUCGGAGCCAACAUCAUCACAGCUCAGACCAUCUGGGAGGGUUUGUGGAUGAACUGUGUCACCCAGAGCACAGGCCAAAUGCAAUGUAAGGUCUACGACUCAUUGCUGGCUUUGCCGCAAGAGCUGCAGGCCUCCAGAGCAAUGAUGAUCAUCGCCAUCAUACUGGGGGUCCUGGGGGUCAUGAUCUCCAUCGUUGGCGCCAAGUGUACCAACUGCAUCGAAGACGAGCCAUCCAAGGCCAAAGUGAUGAUCAUCUCUGGGAUCUUCUUCCUCAUUGCCGGCCUUCUGGUCCUCAUCCCCGUCUCCUGGACUGCCAGCGUCGUCAUCCGUGAUUUCUACAACCCACUCCUUACCAAUGCGCAAAGGAGGGAGCUGGGCGCAUCGCUCUACAUCGGUUGGGGAGCGGCCGCCUUGCUCCUGAUUGGUGGGGCGAUGCUGUGCAGCAGCUGCCCGCCAAAAGAGGAGAAGUACAAGCCACCUAGGAUGGCCUACUCCGCCCCACGGAGUACCAGUGCCGGUGGAGGGUACGACAGGAAAGACUAUGUUUGAUUGGAUAAAAUGAAAAUAUUUGUUGCACAUGAGUGUUUUUUGUGUGUCUAUGUUGUUUUUUGCUAUUUGAAACCACAGGAUGAACCCCGUGAAAAGACUCCGAGAUGAAGAUGAGUGUAUAAAUAUUGAUCAUUCAGCUUUGCUUUGCCGAAGAUGUUCAUUUGCAUCAGUCUAACGCUUUUGCUCUGCCAUGAUCCAGCAAGUGUGUCUGGUUAAAGAGGCUUUCAUGUUCAGUAUAUGAACGUAAAGGUUUAUAACUUUUUAAAAUGUCUGAUUCCCUUUGUUGUAUUUAUACUAAAACUUCCAUUAUGUGAAUUUGAAAACACCUGCUUCUUGUGUGUGUCGUGCUCUAUAAUUAGCUGUUGGCUGGCUGGUGUUGCGUUUCACUGAAACUUUCAGUUAAAACGCUGUGUGUCAUUUCACUGACAAUGACAAGGAAGAGCCAGCUCUCAUUUUACAUGGAUUUGGUUGUGUGAUUGUUCAGUGUGUGUGUGUGUGUGUGUGUGUGUGUGUGUGUGUGUGUGUGUGUGUGUGAAAGAGAGAGAGAGAGUUUGGUGUGUGUGUGUGUGUGUGUGUGUGUGUGUGUGUGUGUGUGUGUGUGUGUGUGUGUGUGUUUUGCAUGUAAUAUUUGCUUAGGAGAGUUUCUGCUGAGACUGAAACCGAAGAUGGAUCCAUGAUAUGGCCCUAGGUAACAACAUUAUCUCCUUCCUUAGUUUUACUGUUUCAGGACACGGAAGAGACUGUUUCAGUUGAUAUACAAAGUCUGACUUUGUGUCCAUAUGUGUGACUUUAUUUUAUAUUCCUGUAAUCAACAUGUGUAAUGUAUUUUAACUGUGUGUCUUAGUUUCAAACAUUUUUGUAUAUAUCAGAAGUAACAGCUGUACGGUCCUCUGUAUGUCAAGCAAAGAGCCAAAAGACAGAGACACAGAUGUGUGUGUAUGUGUGUGUGUGAGACACCCUGAGGGAACAAAACGACUACAACCGUUGUAGGAUGUUUGUCUCCAGCAGGAUGUGUUUUGUGAGUAGAAAUAUUUCCAUCUCUUUUAAAUAGGAUUUUGUCUCCAAAGUUUAACACAAUGUGUUUCUUUUGUGUUGUUCAAAUGUCAUUAAAAGACAACGCUGAUUUAUAAAAUAAAAUGCUUUGUUAAAUGUUU